GACUGAAUGGGCUUCUGUGACGUGUCCGGCUCAGGCACGCUGCGCAUGCGCGGAACUAAGGCUCGUGGUUACUGGUUAGACAGGCAGGAAUGAUUAGCAGAGCUGGAGUCAUAUUCAUGUGUUCCUUUCCUUCCGCUAUGUGAGUCCCGCUGCCUCCUCCUCCUCCUUCUCUACUCCAUUCUACAAGCCAUCACCAGUGUGCAGCUGCCGGCCACUGACCGUCCCCAUCCAUCAUGUCUGUGUCCCAUCACUGGAGGAUCGCCUCUGGCCUUCUGGUGAACUUGCUGGCCUCCAUCUGCAUUGUAUUUAUCAAUAAGUGGAUCUACGUUCACCAUAGCUUCCCUAACAUGAGCCUGACCCUGGUACACUUUGUGGUCACCUGGCUGGGACUGUAUCUAUGCCAGAAAAUGGGGGUCUUCUGUCCUAAGUCUCUCCCCACCACCAAGGUCCUACUAUUGGCUCUCAGCUUCUGUGGCUUUGUGGUCUUCACCAACUUAUCUCUGCAGAACAACACCAUAGGAACCUACCAGCUGGCCAAAGUCAUGACUACCCCGGUCAUCAUCAUCAUCCAGACCCUCUGGUACGGGAAGACCUUCUCUCUCAAGAUCAAGCUCACUUUGGUACCGAUAACAUUGGGAGUGUUUCUGAACUCUUACUACGAUGUGAAGUUCAAUGCAUUGGGGAUGACAUUUGCUGCUCUUGGUGUCUUUGUAACAUCCCUUUAUCAAGUGUGGGUUGGAGCCAAGCAGCACGAGUUACAGGUGAACUCUAUGCAGUUGCUGUACUACCAAGCACCUUUGUCCUCCGCUAUGCUGCUUACUGUCGUACCCUUCUUUGAACCAGUCAUUGGAGAAGGGGGGGUAUUUGGGCCAUGGUCACUCACAGCUGUGACAAUGGUGCUUCUCUCUGGUAUUAUAGCUUUUAGUGUAAACCUCUCCAUCUAUUGGAUAAUUGGAAAUACUUCACCAGUUACUUACAACAUGUUUGGACACUUCAAAUUUUGUAUCACUCUUUUGGGAGGCUACAUCCUAUUCCAGGACUCACUUUCUCUUAAUCAAGGAUUUGGAAUAUUAUGCACCUUGCUUGGUAUUUUAGCUUACACUCACUUCAAACUUAAUGAACAGGAAGUGAAUAAAAGUAAAUUGGUCCAGAGGCCAUGAUACGUGCCUUUUAAUAGACUGCUUCUUUAUUCGAUUUUUCUCUAUGCGUAAAGAACUAUAACGGACAUUAUCCAUUCUAACAAAGGAAUUUACAUGAGAUUACCAUUUUUAAUAUGUGGCGCUACAAACAAGUGUUCCGAAUUGUGCCAGAAUUUUGAAAAGCUUCAGCAGAAUGUGCACACAUAUACACAGUAUUUCUGUGGGAAAUGGAAAGGUGUGGUAGGUAGAAUGAAUGUCUAUAUGUAUGUAUUUGUUUGGACACUUCAUUUUGAAAUGUGAGAAUACAAUUCCUUGAUUUAUUUACAUGCAAUUAAGGAAACUUUGAAACCUCUGUGAGUGCAAAUUCAAAGUUUGAGAAAAAAUAUUCUCUAAGUAUUCAUAUUGAAUAAAUUCUGAAGGAACAUUUCAUAAGAA